CUCCUGCUGAAGAUUUGUAUGUACACUGUAUUUUUGUAAAAGUCUGACUAGUAUAGGGUUGGGUCUGUUUGUUUGUUUUUUGUUUUGUUCUUUUUUUAAAAGUUCUGUUCUAUUGCUCUAUGUAAAAAAAAUAAAAAUAAAAUAAAAAAGAUUGGAAAUAAAAAUAAGCUGAAGGAGUGUCUAGAUUUGUCAUGCAUUCAUCAUCACUUCAAACGUACAAUGGUUUAGGAAGAGUUUGGAUAAAUUUGAUUGAAUUUCUUUUUUAUACCUCAUAGUAUUGUUCUUUCUAAAUUUUAUCAACACGCUUUUGUGGCAUGGAAGUUGUGUUAUGUGCAGAAUUGGAAAUAUAAGGGGAUUUUAUAUGUGAUCUUUUGCGUAUUUAUAUGCAAUAAAAUAUUUUUUCAAAAAUUACAGAAAAUAUCUGUAUGAACAGUUGACUAAAUGUGGUGUGUUUUUGUCUGGACAGUGGACAGGAGUCGUAUUUGAGUGAAGUGAGAUUAUCCAGUUUUUUUUUAUUAUUAUUUAUUUAUUUUUAUUGCAAAACUUGUAGAAACAUACAGAAACAUGGAAGCGAGACAUUAAUAUUCCAGCAAAGAGCAAUCAUAAAAAUAAGACCAGAGUGAUAUUAUCCAGUCAUAGAGCGACAGCUGACCCACCGACGAAUGCGCAUGCGCACUGACACAACGUGCCUAUACUUCCCAGGAUUUAUCAACAACUGAACGUACACUACAGCUGCUAUUCAAGCGAAGCGUAGUCUGAGCUGUUCGGAUUCAAUAAACAUACAACAUUUUACGCGGAACUGUUUUUGUUGCGGUAGUAAGUGUCCACUGUGGUGUAGUUUGCUGUGAGUGUUUAUAUUCGAUUGUGGGAAUCAUGGAAUAGCAGCACUGCUCUUUGCAUCCAUGAACUGUGUGUCAUAAAGUUCUCGGUCACGGCAUGUACUCUCUGUGCUGGAUUUUUUGAUGGGGCUUUUAAGGUUAAAGAUGCCGCCGAAGUUUCAGCUCCUGGCUCUGUUGGCCUUCGCCAUUGCGAUGAUCUUUUUGGAAAACCAAAUUCAGAAGCUUGAGGAGUCACGGGGGAAGCUGGAACGAGCCAUUGCCAUACAUGAGGUACGAGAGAUUGAGCAACGGCACAUUCAAGAGGGGGCAAAGGAGGCCCUGGUAGCGGAGGACGAUUUGGUGGUCAUCUACAACCGAGUGCCCAAAACAGCAAGUACCUCCUUCACCAACAUCGCCUACGACCUGUGCAACAAGAACCACUACCAUGUGCUGCACAUCAAUACCACCAAAAACAAUCCAGUCAUGUCUCUUCAGGAUCAGGUACGGUUUGUAAAGAAUGUGACGUUAUGGAAGGAGAUGAAGCCUGCGUUCUACCAUGGACAUGUUUCCUUUCUGGACUUCACCAAAUUUGGAGUGAAGAAAAAGCCUAUUUACAUAAAUGUUAUCCGGGACCCUAUUGAGCGUCUGGUGUCUUACUAUUAUUUCCUGCGCUUCGGUGAUGACUACAGACCAGGUCUGCGACGCAGAAAGCAAGGGGACAAAAAGACGUUUGAUGAGUGUGUAGCUGCUGGAGGAUCUGACUGUGCUCCAGAGAAACUGUGGCUUCAGAUUCCCUUCUUCUGUGGUCAUUACUCUGAGUGCUGGAACAUUGGCAGCAAAUGGGCUUUGGAGCAAGCCAAAUACAACCUGGUGAAUGAAUACAUGUUAGUUGGAGUGACGGAGGAGUUGGAAGACUUUGUUAUGAUGUUGGAGGCGGCACUUCCUCGCUUUUUUAAGGGGGCCACAGAGCUCUUUCGGACAGGGAAGAAAUCGCACCUAAGGAAAACGAGCGAGAAGAAGCCGCCCACCAAAGAGUCUAUAGCCAGACUUCAGCAGUCAGACAUCUGGAAAAUGGAGAAUGAGUUUUAUGAGUUUGCACUAGAGCAGUUCCAGUACGUUCGGGCUCACGCGGUGAGAGAAAAAGAUGGAGAACUAUACCUACUGGCACAGAACUUUUUCUAUGAGAAAAUCUACCCAAAGACUACCUGAGAAUCAGUGGUGCUCCAUAACACUGUAUGCUGCGGUCGGAAACACUGGACGGAGGACGCAAUCCAUUCUGCCCGACUGUUCUCCAUCUGGAUGUGUGCAGAGCAACUGAAACUAGUCCGUGCCACAGGGAAGAGUCUUGGGGCCAAAUAGCUGUCAAGAGCUUUAUCCCCCCAAUACAUAUCAUUUCAAAGAAGGCUUAAAGGCUCUCUAAUGAGCUUUAAAAGUGACUGAGAUCUUGUUUGUGUUGUUUUUCAAGACAACCAUCACCUUUCUGCCGUAGGGAUUUGAUACAGGUGCUGCCACAUUUCAGAACGUUUUUGUUAUUGUACUUAUUUAAUGCGUUAAUGGUUAUAGUUUUUUGUUUUUGUUUUUUUGGACUGAUUGAUGCUGGGAGUUUUUACUUAUCUUAAAAGUACAGAUGACUACUAAACAUUCUUAUCAAGCUGACAAAGUCAUUUUUUCAAUAUAGUAAAAUGAGGAAUACUUUACUUCUUGGACUUUCAUAUGGCUAUUUAUGGGAUUUAUUGGAAAAACACAGAUGUGGAUGUAUUUCACAUUGUUAAAAACACAUCAUUUUUCUGUUCUGAACCUUCUGCUUGGGGUUCAGUCCUGCAUUUUUUUCAGCAAUUGCAGAUAAUAUAUUUUUAUCUACAAAUAUAUGUAAAUACUGGUCAUUACAGUUACAGCUGGACCAAAAAGUUUAAAAAUGGGAGGAUAAAGAAUUGAAGAUGAAAUGUUUAUCUGCAUGUGGAUCAUUGUACUGUUCCUUGAUCUCGAUAAACGGAUAUGCUUUUGUUUUAAUUUGCUUUUAUAUAUUUUAUGACUGAAUUAUCAUGUUUUUUAAAUGUAGUUUAAACGUACUUUGUUUCUCAAGGCAAUGUACCAUUAGUCUGCUGCUUUGAUUCAGAGAUCAUGGACGUUAAAUGUGUUCAAUGAAAGAAAGACUCCAAAUUCAUCGAGACUGUGCCUUUUUUCCUGUAACACAGAGCUGUUAUUACAGCCAGUGUAAAUAUGACUUGAUAUCUCAGCAUAUGAAUAGGUGAGGAGAUGUUUUUCAACGUGAAAUGUAGGUACAGUUGCAUAGAUCGUCAUUAUUAACAUCAAUGUGGAAAUAGGCAGCCAUCAUGUAAAAUUGUUUGCCUUGUUGAUGGUACUACAAGACUGGAACUGAUGUCUUUUUGAAAAUGGAAAUUUGUCUCCUGAGUACAUUAUACAAUUCCAGUGUUUAUAUGUUCAUGAUCUUUACUAAACACACAUUUGUGCAUGAAAUGGGUGCUAGAUUGCACAUUUGCCCUUAAAAUCUCCAAGACACAAUAUAAGUAGACAGUAGAUCUUUGUGACAAAUUCUCACUUGAUACAUAAAAAAAAUUUGGACAUUGUACAGGUUCUUUUAGAUGUAUUUAGAGUAUCAAAACCAAUCUGUACUGUAUAUGAAACACCAGAGUAACCUGUACAUAUAAAAUAUAUAUUGGUUUUGAUAUUUCUCUUUUUUUUUUCUUUUUCUUUUUUUUUUUCAAAGUGCCACCAUGUGAGCCUGUAUUUGCUCUGUUCUUUGUUAUUUUCAUUUCAAAUUAAUGCUCUUUUCUGCUGACAUUGCCGAGGCAGAUUUGAAAAUAGAUUUUUAGAUAUGUCGGCCAUAAUAAAAAGAUCUUGAUUUAUUUAGAUUUUUUCUUCCCUCAUUAUAAUUUUGAUACAAUAUCACAGACUGUUUCUGUCUUCUAAAAGUACUUUCUGUUUUUUUUUUUUUUAGACAAAGAAGAAACAAAAAUAUAUGGAGGCUUAAAUUUUAUUUAAUAUUCUUCACCUUUUUUGUUAUUAACAACACAAACACAAAUUAAACAUCAAACAAAAAGGUUUUGAUUUUUUUCAUGUUUAUGAAAGAAGUCUUUUAUGCUCACCAAGGCUGCAUUUAUUUGAUCUAAAAUACAGUAAAAGCAGUAAUAUCAUGAAAUAUUACAAUUUAAUGUUUUCUAUUUUAAUAUAUUUUAAAAUGUAAUUUAUUCCUAGGAUGGUAAAGCUGAAUUUUGACUCCAGUCUUCAAUGUCACAUGAUCCUUCGGA